CUUGAAUUGUGUGUUGAUGCCAAAGUAACAAACUGCGGAAUCAAAUCUAUACCAGAUUUGUUUUCCAAACGUUAUAAUAUAAAAUCGACCUUUUCUUCUGUGUUUAACCUUAAAAGCCUAAACCAUACGCGACCCUGAGGCACAAAGUCUCAUCGUUUACCUUCCCACACGUUCCGCCCCGACGCUUUCAACUUAUCACCGGGUCGGGUCAAAUGUCAAUAACGAGGGGAACUGUUUAUAAUCAUCAUCCGACUUGUUCAUCAUCAACAACUACUUGAGAUCUCUCGUUUUCAAACUCUUUGAGAUAGAUUUUUAGGGUUUUUAAUCGAAAUCCCGUGGAGAGAGAGAGAGAGAUGACUGAGAAUGAGAGCUCGUCCUUUGAUUACCGGAGCAUUAGAGAAGCCGCCUGCAACGCCGGUGCCGGAGCCACCGCAGGGGCGAUUGCGGCGACAUUCGUUUGUCCAUUGGAUGUGAUCAAAACGAGGUUACAGGUUGUUGGUCUACCGGAAGCUCCAGCCUCGGGGAAGAGAGCAGGUAGUGUGAUCAUUACAAGUCUACAGAAUAUAGUAAAGAAGGAAGGUGUCAGGGGAAUGUAUCGAGGGCUUUCACCAACCAUCAUAGCUCUCCUUCCCAAUUGGGCUGUUUACUUCUCAGUUUAUGGGAAGCUAAAGGAUGUUCUUCAGUCAAGUGAUGGCACGCUUAGUGUUGGGGCAAACAUGGUAGCGGCUGCUGGUGCCGGAGCUGCCACUUCUAUUACAACUAAUCCACUUUGGGUUGUCAAGACAAGACUAAUGACACAAGGAAUUAGGACGGAUGUGGUACCUUACAAAAGCAUUAUGUCUGCUUUUAGUAGGAUUUGUCACGAAGAAGGAUUGCGAGGGCUUUACAGUGGCAUUUUACCCUCUUUGGCAGGGAUAAGCCAUGUUGCAAUCCAGUUUCCAGCAUAUGAAAAGAUCAAGCAAUACAUGGCAAACAUAGAUAAUACAUCAGUCGAUAAUCUGAGUCCUGGGAAUGUUGCUAUUGCCUCUUCGAUUGCGAAAGUACUCGCCUCUGUUUUGACUUACCCACACGAGGUUAUUAGAGCCAAACUUCAAGAGCAAGGACAAAUGAGAAACGCUGAGACCAAGUAUACCGGAGUUGUUGAUUGUGUCAAGAAGGUGUUUAGAAGCGAAGGGAUUCCUGGAAUGUACCGUGGAUGUGCCACUAAUCUCCUAAGGACAACUCCAUCAGCAGUUAUUACAUUUACAACCUAUGAGAUGAUGCUUAGAUUUUUCCGACAAGUUGUGCCACCAGAGACUAACAAGUCGGACAGUCACAAUAGAGAAGAAGAAACAAAGAGUUUAGUUAGUCGACAGGGACCAGAAGAAGAAGAGAGAGAUUCAGGCUUGAGAGAAGCACAAACUCAAUCUAAUAAAAUCAACACUUCCCCUAUCCCUCUUGGAAGCAAAUAAGGCUUGUUUUCUGACUGGGGGCAUGCUUCUGAGUUUUCUUUUUCCUAAAGCCAUGUUUCUUUUUCUUUCCCUUGAGGUUGUGAGAUGUAUAGGAAAAGCGAUUUGAGUAUUUCAAAUGUAGCUGUUUUGGAUGGAAUUUUGUGGACAUUAGUGAUAGAGGGUGCAAGAAAAGGAAGAGGAUUUGUUUCCUUGUUCUUUCUCAGUAUUGGGGGCGCUUCACCUACCACGAGCUGUAGGCACUGGUGUUCGGUGUGGUUGAUUUACUGGUCCACUGUUCAGUCACAGAGAUCGGUGACCGUGGGAAUUUUUUAUGUAUGAGUGAAGCCUCUCCCCAAUCCGGUGGCGAAGGAUGCGGAGUUGUUGUCUCUUC